AUGUCUUAAUAAAAAAUAAUAAAGUUUGAUAAAAAAUACAAUUUUCAAUUUUUAAUUAAGAUUAAGAUUAAGUAAAAAUACCCACUCAUUUUUAUUCUUUUCAUUCUAAUAAUAGAUAAAGUGAACUAAAGAAAUCUAUUAUAGAUGUCAUAAAGUGAAUAUCCAUAAAAUUUAGAGGGUUUGAAUAAAAUAAUGUAUUUAUAUUAAAUAAACUAAGAAGCAAAUCAAUAUCUACAUCUUUAAUAGUUUGACAUUAAUCUACCCAAGCAGAUUUUAAAUACAUCUUCUACAAAUAACUAAAUGGAUUAUUAAAGCUAAGAAAAUGAAGAAAAUUAUGUUAGCGUAAGGGAUUUCACUGAAAUUAAUAGCACAAGUUAAAGCGUGAAUAAAAGCUAAUUAGAAAAUCUUCUCUUUAAAACUGAACGGCACAAACAAUGUGGCCUUUAACCAUUAAAUUCUACCAUUCUCCCAAAAAUUAAUUUAUGUGAAAAGCAGCAAGAAAAUGCAAGUAAAGAAAGCAUUAUAAGAUAACCCAAUCGUAAUUUAUCAAAAUAGAUAAGAAAAACCUCUUAUGUAUAAAUAAGACCCACUAAAACAUCAAUUGGUGCAAAUCUAGAGCCUAAAGAGAGAGAAGGCUCAAUAUAAGAUUCAUUCUUAUGUAAUUAGAAUACAAUUAAUAAAGCAAUAAAUCAAAGAAGAAGAAGUAGCAGGAUGCAAGUAGAACAAUUUUAAAAUACUUUAUUAAAAAUGAUUUAAGAUAAAACUAGCAACUAACAAGAAUAAAAGCAGAAAAUGCUUGAUAUUCCUGAUUAAAAUGAGACAUUAUAAACUUAAGAGUAAGAAAAAAGCCAAAUUCAAAAUUAGGUAGGAGAAGAGUAAUCAUGUAAAUUAGAUACAAUUUAAAAGUUAAAAAAGAAAGAUGAUAAGCUUAAAAAUUCAUUUGUAUCUCGUUUAGGUAUUUUCUAAAGAUUUAUUAGAAACAUAAAGAAUUUAUCUUAGUCUUAUAAAUUUAGAAUUAUGAAAGCAGAAUAAAAAUUAAGAUUUAAUGAUUUAUCUUUUUAUUAACAAAAAAAUAAAGAAAUGGGAAAUUAAAGUUUUAGUUAAAAAAUACUCUUUAGAAUAUUUUCUAAAGUUUUUUAAAAGUUAGCAAACUAAAUACCAGUAUUUGAACCACUACAUUUAUGGGUAAUAUGUUUAGAAUUAAUUGUUUUAAUAACUUUAACAGCUCAACUCUUUACUCUUCCAUUAGCUGAUUCAUUUGACGUUAAUUAUCUAAAAUAAGGAGGGUGUAAAGUAGUAUUUUAUUAUAUCCCUGCUAUCGCUCUCAUAAUUUCUAUAUUUUCCAAACUAAAUACUGGCUUUUUUAAAGAAAAUAUAGCUGUCCAUGAUAGGAAAAAAAUUUUUCUGAAUUAUUACUAUAGCGGAGAACUGAUGAUUGAUUUAAUAACUGUUCUUUCUUUUUUUGCAACAUAAGACAUUUAUGAUUAUGUGUUUUUACUACUCAAAAUAUAUUAAAUUUAGAACUCAAUAGUAAAAGUAGAUACAAAAUUUUCAUUAUCUUAGAGGUUUCCAUUAAGUUUUUAAAUUUUUAAGCUCAUUUUUAUUGUGAUGAUACUUGCUCAUUUGAAUGGUUGCAUUUUUCACUAAGUAGCUAAGAAUGUCGAUGAAAGCUGGAUAACCAAAAAUAAUUUAAAAACUGCUAACUGGUAUGAGUAAUAUAUUAAUAGUGUAUACUUUUCUUUCAUCACUAUGGUAACUGUUGGAUAUGGAGAUAUUACACCAGUAUCUCUCUAAGAGAAAGUUUUUGUUAUUUUCAUGGUCGUUUAUAGUUGUGGAUUUUUUGGCUACAUCGUAAGCAGUAUAGGAAAUAUUUUUACUUAGAGAGCUUAAAUACAAGCAAAUUACAAGAGACAAUUAGUCGAUAUGAUUUAAUAUAUGAAAACAAGAAAUAUUAGUUAGGUGAUCUAAUAAUAAGUAUUUUAAUAUCUACAUUACUUAGAGUAGAUGGAUUAUUACAACCAUUAAAAAGGUGAAGAAAUAGUCAAAAAGCUUUCACCUUACCUCUAAUAGCAAAUUAAUAUAAACUCUUAUUAUCCUUUUCUUAAAAGCUCUAAUUACUUUAAAUUAAAUUUUAAAGAUACUAUUUUAAUUAAUGCUUCUCUCAAAAUGAAAGAACUUACAUUUGGUCCUGGUUAAAUAAUAUUUAAACAAAAUGAUUAAGAUAAUAGGUUAUUUUACAUUUUAAAAGGAGAAGUGUAGCUAAGUAGUAACAAUCAUCAAAUUUGUAUCAAAGAUGAGAAUGAUAAUUGCUUUGGAAUAAAUGAAUUUUUUACAGGAGAGUGUAGAAAUUUAGAAGCUAAAAGCUUAACUGUUUCUUAAAUUUUAUAUCUAGAGUUAAACGAAUUCAAGCAAGUCUUAAAAGAAGAUCCUUUGGAAUACGAAAAAUUUUGUUCACUUAAAGAUUAAGUUAUCUUCAGUAAGAUCUCUAUUGAUUAACCAUGCUUUUUUUGCAAUAAAUUUAGUCAUAGGUAUGAUCAAUGCCCUUUUUACACUUUGAAAAAUUAAAGAUUAUUAGUGAUUGAAAAAAGUAAUAGAAGCAUUAGCUAAGAAAGAAAAUAAUUUGAGAGAUAUGAUCGCUUUAAGUUUAACAGUGUUUUAGAAAAUGCCGAAGUCAAGUUAAAUUUAAGAGCUAUUAGGUUAAAUUACAUAAAUAAUUUAGCUAUCGAUAAGAAUGAAAUGAUUCAGCUUGCGCAAGAUACUAUUCAAAUUGAAAACGAUGUAGAUUUUUAUAGGUACAACGAUGCAUUUUAAUUAAAGUAAAACAGCGAAGGAUAAGAUUUUAAUAUAAUUUUAGUAAGUUCUGAUAAAAUAGCUGAUGAGUUUUUUUUAGAGGAAGAAAAGCUAGAAUAUGGCGAAGAGGGUAAUGAUUAAUUAAACCCUAUUAUUAAUUCUUAAAAGAAAGUAGCAACAAGCUAAACAAUAGCUACAGAAAGUUUGAUAGAAGAAAAUAAAAAUCAACUUUAACCUGCACUUUAAAACUCUCAAAAUCAGCAUAGGAAAUCAAUUUCUUUUUUACAAAACGCAUUUCAUACCUAAAACAGUAGUAAUUUAAACACUUACAAUUAUGAGAAACUUCAAACUAUAAAAGAGCAAUUUUCAACGACAAACCAUAGAAUCCAAAACCACACUAGAUAACAAUCUUCAAGAAAAAAUUCAGAUAUUUCUAUAUCCAGCUAUUAAAAUAAAAAUGCUGAACCCUCUCCCUCUAAAGUAUAAGAAUAAAACCUGCUUAAGCAAAUACUAAACUUAAUUGAGCUUACUCAAAUCAAGUAAGAAGUUGAAAAUAAGCAUGAAGUUUCAUUUUUUAUUUAAAAAGAUGAAUUUUUUUGCAUAAAUGAUUUUGAUUAAUUAUAAGAAUUUACUAGAUAUUUUCCAAAAAGCAAUUUUAGUUAAGUUUUAGGAUAAAUAAGUAAAACAAAUUUAAAAAAGCAAAAAGUUCCUUUGAAAAAGGCAAAAAAAAACUAAAAUAAACCAAGGAAUACAGUUUUUAAAAAUUUAGCUAUUAAGAAAAAAAAUAUUUUAUCAAAGAUAAAUACAUGCAGGGCUCUUGCUAAUAAGCAUAAAAAAUCACAAGACACACCUCUUGUUAUUGCAAAAUCAUCAAGUUAUAACCAGUCCAAUACUGAGAGUUUGAGUAAUGCUCUAUCAUGUAGAACCUAAGAAAUGCAAGACUUUAAUAUUGAUCAAAAAAGUGAAAACAAACUUUUGCAAAGUUAACAAUUUGAUAAUGUAAGAUCAAACUUUUUAAAACCUUAGCAGUGA